CAGGUGACUCCAAGAUGGCGGUCGCUGCAACAGCAGUAACGGCGACGGCGUGAGGGGCGCUUUCUUCCGCUCGGGCCAUGGCCGCGCUCUGGGCCCCGCCGGGCGCCGGGCGGCAGUGAGGCGAGGAUGUGCGAGAGCUACUCGCGGUGGCUGCUGCGCGUGUCCGUGGCGCAGGUGUGCCAGGCGCUGGGAUGGGACUCGGUGCAGCUCUCCGCCUGCGACCUCCUCACCGACGUGCUGCAGCGGUACCUCCACUCCUUGGGCCGGGGCUGCCGGCGCUACUGCGAGCUCUAUGGCCGGACAGACCCAAUUUUGGAGGAUGUGGGUGAAGCCUUUAACCUUAUGGGGGUCAACCUACAUGAACUGGAAGAUUACAUACUCAAUAUUGAGCCUGUAACUUUUGCACAUCAGAUCCCCUCCUUCCCUGUGAGUAAGAAUAAUGUGCUGCAGUUUCCUCAACCUGGAAGCAAAGAUGCAGAAGAGAGGAAGGAGUAUAUUCCUGAUUACAUGCCACCUCUUGUCUCUUCUCAAGAAGGUGAGAAAUUGUUUCUCG